GGCUGAGCCUCCCGGCCUCCCGCAGCCCGGCCCCCCACAGUCCGGCCCCCCGCAGCCCGUUUAAAGAUCCUCUCAUUUUUGCACCUGAUGGAGUGAGCCGAUCCUGCUGGGUUUGGUUUCUCCCGCACGUUUCCAGGAUUGGGGUGGCAAGCUAAAGAACACCAUGAGUUUUGGCAGCAGAAACAGAGCAAGGAAGUACAUUUACAAUGUCAGAAGAGAUGUGUACAAUGAAGAGAACUUCCAGAGGGAGCACAAAAGGAGACCCUCCUCUGUGAACGUAGACAUUCACAUCACUACCGUCAGACACAGGGUACAGUGCAGGUGCUCAUGGAGAAAAUUCAGAAGAAUCGUCCUUAUGCUCUUCCCCUUCCUGAAGUGGGUGUGUGUGUACCGGUUAAGAGAUUGGCUCCUUGGGGAUGUGCUAGCCGGACUCAAUGUGGGCCUUAUCCAGAUUCCCCAAGGUCUGGCGAUCGCCUUGCUGACGAGGUUGUUGAUUCCACCCCUCAAUAUCUUCUAUUCAACUUUCUGUUGCUCGAUGCUCUAUAUCAUUUUUGGAACCUCUCACCACGUGUCUGUGGGCUCCUUCUUCCUCGUCAGUGCUUUGAUGGCCCCCGUCCUGCAGGGCAUCACGUUCAAUUCUGGCAACCUGCUGGUGGGCAAUUUCGCCAAAGGCAACUUUUCCGAUCCGGAGUUCAUGAAGAAUUACAAUCAGGCCCUCAGCAUGAUGGCCACCCUGACCUUUCUGACUGGGGUCAUCCAGCUGCUGCUUGGGUUCUUUUGCCUGGGCUUCAUCACCAAGUACCUGUCCGAGACGGUCAUGAACGCUUACCUGGCCGCCACCGCGUUACACAUGAUGGUCUCUCAGCUAUGCUACAUCUUUGGAUUCGUGAUCCACUUCCAUACCGGUCCCCUUGCCUUCUUCUACAAUAUACUCGACUACUGCUUAGGACUCCCGAAGGCCAAUUCUACCAGUAUCCUGCUGUUUCUGAUCUGUUUAGUCACCCUGAGAGUCAACAAAUGUAUCAAAAUCUCUUUCAAAGGCUACCCCAUCGAGUUUCCCAUGGAGUUUAUCCUGAUCGUCGGCUUCACUGUCAUUGCAAGCCAGAUCCAUCUGAGUGCCGAAACCAGCAAAACCAUCAUCGAAAUGAUUCCCAAUAGCUUCCUGAAUCCCGCAGUUCCGGAUAUGACCCUCCUGAGAGGUGUGAUCGUCAAUGCCUUCUCCCUGGCCACCGUGAGCUAUUUCCUGCUCAUUUUCGUGGGCAGGAGAUUUGCCUACCUCCAUAACUACACCAUCAAUUGCAACCAGGAACUCAUCGCCAUCGGCCUGUGCAAUGUCCUGAGUGCGUUUUUCCGAUCCUUUGUGUUUACCUGUGCCAUCGCCAGGACUGUCAUCCAAGAGAAGUCAGGUGGGAGGCAACAGUUUGCAGCUCUGAUAGGUGCAGUCCUGAUGCUGCUACUGGUGCUGAAACUUGACUACUUGUUCUACGAACUGCCCAACGCUGUGCUGGCUGGAAUCAUCCUGAGUAACGUCUUGCCCUUCCUUGGCACCAUCUUGGACCUCCCCUGCCUGUGGAAGCAGGACGUGUAUGACUUUAUGAUCUGGAUCAUGACGUUCAUCGCUGUGAUUUGUCUGGGGUUGGAUAUCGGCCUGGCUGUGGCGAUGGUGUUCACCUUCUUCAUCAUCAGCGUCCGGUCGCACAGAACCAAGAUUCUGAUCCUGGGGCAGAUUCCCGACACCAACAUUUACAGGAGCUUUACUGACUACAGGGAGGUCGUGCAUAUUCCCGGGCUGAAGAUCUUUCAGUGCUGCUCUUCCAUCUCUUUCGUCAACAUUGGCAAUUUCAAACGCAUCCUAUUGAGAGAGGUGGAUCUGAAGGCUCUGCCCCUCGAUGAGGAAGAAAUGAGAGAUCUGUUCUAUGAGACCGAGUCGAAUUCCAACUCUUCCAGGGAUUUCAAAUGCGGCUGCAACUGUGAGGAGCCAGAGCCCCCGCCCAGGAUUUCCUUUACGGAGAGGCUGAAGAAUCGAAGCCAAACCGACUCAUCGUCUUCCAUCAACUUGGUCCACUGCUCCCGGUAUGAAGGCGGAACUCCGAGCUGGCCUCGGUCGGAAAGCCAUAUGCCGUGUCCGGGAAACUUAGCUUUUCCCAGGCCUUCAAGGGCUCAGGCUCCGCAGAAAGAGGAGGUUGAGAGGAUUUGGAUUCCCUCCUCCCAACCCGCCUUGACCUCUGAAGAGGCUCCCUCUGAUAACCAAGUGUUCGACUCCCAAGAUAGUAAGUGUGUCUCCAAGGGGACCCAGGAGCACUUUUCGGAGGAUUCCUACAUGCCAAAUAUCCACACCAUCAUCCUGGAUUUCUCCAUGGUGCAUUUUGUGGAUCUCCAGGCUUCCAAGACACUUAGACAGAUUUGCAACGCCUUCCACAACAUUGAUGUGCUGGUGCUGAUUGCGGGCUGUCACCCUUCUGUGGUCAGGGCCUUCGAGAGGAACGACUUCUUCGACAGUGGCAUCUCCAAGGCCCAGCUCUUCCUCAGCCUUCAUGACGCAGUGCUGUUCGCCGUAGCCCGGAGGUACUCAAAGAUCUCUGAAGUCGGUCUGGAGGAGUCCUCUGAGAUCUUGCAGAAUACGUACCCAGAAGAGGAGCAGUCUGAACAUUUGAAGCUAGACCUGGACUCCUCUUUGGAACGGGUACAGAAAGAGCCCAUCUCCAGCUUCCUGGAAUUCAAGGAAGAGCCGGAGCUAGAGCUGGACCUGGAACUGGAGCCCAAGCUGCCGCCGCCGUCCCCUCAGCCCCAGACCCCGGCUAGGCCUGAGGAGAGGCGGCUCUAUUCUCGUGCUGAAGUGUGCUCGUCUGUGAUGGACCCCUCGAGGGCCCUGUGGGAGAGGAACUGGAAUCAAAUGAAAAAGUCCUAAAGUUCCUUAACGGAUCCUGUCGGCCAACACUCCCGACGGAGAGGGUUCUGGAAACGUCGAUCCGCCGUUGCCCAGGGCUCGCCCUCUGGCUCUGCCGUCUCCUUCCAUUAGGCAGCCGAUGGUCGAGGCUGGAAGAAGCGGCCCAAAGGGACGUGGUCAUCCCACAGCACCCCGAAAUGGACAGUCCCAUCCUCCUUGGGUCUCUCCCCUAGGCGAUGGCGAUCCUUACAGACCGCACUGGACAUGACUGCUCUCUUUCGUGCCGGCCUCUUUCACAUCAAUCCGGAGGUUCAAAUAAAAUCUCUCAACUUA